AAAUUUAAUCCUCAGCAUCCAAUCUCAGCUCACACACAUGCCUUAGGACAUUUACACAACUGAGAGAGAGAGAGAUGGGCUACGGCGCUAUCAUGAGCCCGGGUGUACCAGCCACUGGGACCACCUUAUCCCACGCACGCUUCCUCAGCCACCACGUCGCCGCCCCCGCCUCCGCUCUGCCUCUCUUUACAGCUACUCUUCCCAAACACGUUCUGAUCAAGCCUAGUGGAUUACGCCGCACCAGAGGCGCCGUGCUCUCCGCCGCCGCCGGGGUUGGUGGCGCUGUGCUCCAGGACGCCGCCGCCACCGCCUUGGUCGUCGGCGGCGCUUACGCUCUUGUCUCCACUUUCGAUAACCUCACGCGCCGCAAUAUCAUCGAACAGACUUUGAGCCGGAAGCUGGUUCACAUACUGUCUGGGUUGCUUUUUUUGGCAUCCUGGCCAAUCUUCAGUGCUUCUACAGGGGCUCGCUACUUUGCUUCUGUAGUGCCUUCCUUGAAUUGCUUAAGGCUUGUGAUGAAUGGUCUUUCCUUGACUACAGAUGAAGGGCUCAUAAAAUCAGUUAGUAGAGAGGGAAAGCCUGAGGAAUUGCUGAGAGGCCCUCUUUAUUACGUGCUUGUAUUGAUUUUAUGUGCAAUCGUCUUUUGGCGUGAAUCCCCUGUUGGAAUGAUUUCAUUGGCUAUGAUGUGUGGUGGGGAUGGCAUUGCUGAUAUCAUGGGGAGAAGAUUUGGCUCUGUGAAAAUACCUUAUAAUCCACAGAAGAGUUGGGCUGGUAGCAUAUCAAUGUUUCUCUUCGGUUUCUUGGUCUCUAUUGGUAUGCUCUAUUAUUUUGCGGUGCUUGGAUACAUUCAACUGGAGUGGAUGCAGACUUUAGAACGAGUUGCUUUGGUUUCAUUUGUGGCAACCCUCAUAGAGUCUCUCCCGACUACCGGAAUAGUCGAUGACAACAUCUCUGUACCAUUGGCAAGCAUGGUAACUUCGUUAUUGGUUUUUGGUUACUAGCAGAUUGCAGAAGUGCCCACUUGUUAUACCUUUUAUUUCAUAUCACAAAUGUCGGUAUGCAACUAUGCUAUUUUUUCUCUUCACCUGCAAUGGAAAAUCUUUUUGGCUCUCAAA